UCCUCUGCUUCUCCAUUCUUUUCCGCUCUUUAGAGCUUCAGUUCUUCCUCUUUCUUUCGUUUCUCCUCUCUUUAGAAGAAUUUUUAUAUAAAAAAAUAACAAACUAGAAAAAAGUUUAAUAAUUCUUUGCUUCAAAAAGAGAGAUGGCUGAGAGUGCUGCUGCUGGUGUUGCUGCUAAAGUUUUGAUAGCAUUGACAAAAUUGUUAGUCGAUGAAAUAUAUUUUCUGCGAGGAGUCAAAGAAAAAUUUGAAAUACUUCAGAGUGAGCUCGAGUGGAUGGAUGCAUCCCUCGUAGCAGCCAGAUCAGACACAAAUUUGAAGGUUUGGGUGAAGCAAUUACGUGGAAUAAUCCAUGAAGCUGAGGAUGUCGUGGAGGAAUUCAACCUCGAGAUUGUUAACCAUAAACGGCUGCAAAAUAAAUCCAAUGCUCCAAUGGCCAGCUUGAAACGGCUGCUUACCAUAUCAACACAAUUACCCAUUGUACAUGAUAUCGGAGAUCGAAUUGACGGUAUCAAUGUCAGUGUAAGAAAACUAAAACAAUACAAGGAUAACUAUGGGUCUGUUAUUGCACAAUCUAAUAAUGGUGGCGCUGAAUCUUCAGAUCAAUCCAAGUCGUCAUCGCUGCAUCAAAGGAUAAAGAGAAGAAGAGAAGAAAUCUUUGCUGAGGCAUAUGAGCAGGAUAACGUCCAAAUCCACCAGGAUGUUGUGGGACAAGUCAUGCCAUUGUUGACGAGAGAGGAAGGUGCUGAUCAUGGUAAGACACUACGCGUGAUUUCAAUCUUAGGCAUGGGUGGUGUUGGUAAGACUACUUUGGCUAAGAAACUUUAUAAUCUUCGCUAUGGUUUCGACUGCGGCGCCCUCGUUUACAUAUCUAAAGCGUAUAGUUCGGCUAAGCUCUUAAGGAGCAUUAUGAACCAAUGUUUUGGUCCCAUCCCUGCUCAACAGUUGUCGAACGAUAAGCUUUUUGCGAAUUUGCAGGGGAAGAAGUACUUAAUUGUGUUAGAUGAUGUAUGGGAUACAGAUGUCUGGGAUGCUUUGCAAAGCUCAUUUCCGCGUAACAACAAUGGUAGCAUAGUGUUGCUUACAACACGCCAUAAAGAAGUGGCUAACUAUGCUAGCUCCCAGUCUAGUACCGACAUCCACGAGCUGAAUGUGAUAAAUGAAGCGGAGAGUUGGCAGAUCUUUGUAAAAAGGGUUCAUCCAGAUCGUGCAUUGGAGAACCUCGGGAAGGAGAUGGUGAAAAAGUGCCGUGGGUUACCUCUUGCAAUUGUGGUGCUUGCAGGCCUCUUAUUGGGCCAAGGUAUGCACAAACAUUUAUGGUCCAAUGUAAAUGCCAGUGCACGCUGGCUUUCGAGUGAAGAUGAAAAUGCCUUCAGAUGUCCAGGAAUAUUAGCAUUGAGUUACGAUUACAUGCCUUAUCACUUGAAGCAAUGCUUUCUUCACUUGAGUCUUUUUCCACAAGAUACUAAAAUCUCUACGGCAAAGUUGUUUCAAUACUGGAUUGCUGAAGGAUUUGUAAGCACCAUAAAUGAACAAACAAUGGAAGAAGCUGCAGAGGCUUACUUGGAAGAUUUAAUACACAGAAACUUGAUCCAGGUCAGUGGACUCAGUUAUGAUGGAAGAGUUAAAAGUUAUCGCAUCCACAAUCUAAUUCAUGAUAUUUCUCUCGCGGAAUCUAAAAAGGAUCAGUUUUCUCAAACCUAUGGUAGCAUUGACAAACUUUAUCAAAAAAAGCCGGAUAGUCUCCGAGUCGUUGUUCUUAAAAGUGAUGUGCUGAAUAAGGAGCGCUUCCUGAGUUAUCGUGAGACUCGAGUUCGGUUUUUGAUGUGUCAGAAUGUACAUUUUAAGCAGCACGACUACUUAAGCUCUUUAUUUGGAGGCUUCAAAUCACUGCGGGUAUUGGAAUUCAAUGGGUACAUCCAAGGUCGGGGUCGUAUAUCAUUUCCGAAGGAGAUAGGAGAUCUCAUACAUUUGAGGUACUUGAGCUUCGAGAAAACUAAUCUGGAACGAAUCGACACAAGCUGCUUAAGUAAACUUGUCAAGCUGCAAACUCUUAACCUCAACGGUUGUGUUGAGGAACUCAUGCUGGACGAGAAGAUCUGGAGCUUGCACGAAUUGAGACAUCUAUAUCUGAAAAGUAUUAGACCUACAUCAAAUGUUAGCAGGAGUAGGUGGACUCUCACAGUUUCUAAUUCAGGGAUUGAUAAGCUAACAAAUCUUCAGGUAUUACACGUCGGGGAUGGGGAUUGGAUACAUCACCGGCUGGAGAAGCUGAGUUCCCUAAGAAAGUUAAGGAUAGAAGAAUGUUUGAGUUCGCACUCAGAAGAGAUUUUUAAUGCCGUUGCAAAAUUGACAAAGCUUCAAUCGUUGGCGCUGCUAUCCAAGAACUCUUUCCAACCAUCAUUAACCAACGAAGCCGUACCCCUGGCUUCCAUCCAAUUGGCAAACCAUACUUCUCUCGAAAGGUUACAUUUAAAAGGUAAAAUCCAUGAUUGGCCGGGACGUAAUUCAUUCCCGCCAAAGCUUUGCAAGCUAAAUUUGGAGUGGUCAUGGAUUGUGGACGAUCCCAUGCCAAUUCUAGAGAAUUUGCCUAGCUUGACAUUUCUGCACUUAGGAUAUGUUUCUAGCCUAAGUAAGAAAAUGGUUUGCUUAAGAGGAGGUUUUGGUUGUCUUCAGACCUUAAAAAUGGUUUCCUUAGAGAACUUAGAGGAAUGGAUAAUAGAGGAAGGAGCACUGACAAGCCUUAGAAACUUGGAAAUCAAUGGUUGCAUCAAGUUGAAGGUGAUUCCUGCAGGGUUACAACAAUUGACUACACUAAAAGAGCUAAGAAUAGCUAAUAUGCCACGUCGAUUCGUAAACAGGGUCAAAAGGAAUGGGAGGGAUUGGCAUAAGAUCAGUCAUAUUCGUUCCAUGGAUUUUUUUUAGUUUUUCUUCAUUCCAGCAUUUGUUUUGUG